AUGCUUGGCGAGAUAGAGAGACGCCGAAGAAGCCGUGAAAAUGUAUGCGGUUCCAGUGUUUUUCGCUUCAAUUUACCGUUUUGAGUUCAUUUCUCUUUUAUUUCUGAUUCAAGAAUUCUUUUUGUCUUUCUCGGAAAGGUCGUCUUUUUUUCAUAGAUAAAAAUCUUCGUUUUUUGAGUUUGUAGGGAUUUCACACUUUUUCAGAGCUUUUCUAUAGUAUCAUAUUCAAGACAUCGAAUCGUGAAAAAUACAGAAAUUUUUCAGUUUUCCUUCCCUCAAAUUACCGUUCCAAGUUAUCAUGACAUAAUUUUUAUUGAGACCUUCGUUAUAAAUGUUAACUUUUUCAAAGAGAAUACAAAACUGAGGCUUUUCUUACAGUUUUUUAUUGAUUUUAAUAAAUACAGAACCCUCAAAUUUUCAAGAAAGACUUCGUAUACAGGAAUUUUUCUUCAUCUUCUCCAGAGUCCAAAAUGUUUUUUUUUUGCUUCCAAAGAAAGUUUCAUAGAAUAAUGUUUUCAUCAAACGUUCUUCUUCAGCCUGGAAGCUUUCAAGUUGUCACGUGAUUUUUCCCUAUUUUCAAAAACCUCCAUCGUUCAUAUCUUCUUUUCUUCCGUCUCAAAACCGUUAUAUUUCCCGGGAAAAACUCUUCUGAAAACGUCAAGUUCCACUUUUCCCGAGCGUGACGACUUUGGGUCGAUAGAAGAAAACUUCCUAGAAACUUGCGGUUAACCGCGGAAGCAACGGCGCCGCAGUAAUACUUUUUUUUUCUCCCGAUUCGGUAGCCAUUUUUCGCAACCAAAACGCCCAACACUUUUUCUUCCUUCUCGGGAUGGCCGACUAUAAAACGGCCGUUCUCAGGAACGAAAACAGUUCGGCAGUUCUGCUCGUCUCCUAGCAAGGUUUCCUUCCCUUUCUCUUUUUUUUCUGACUGGAGAUUUUUUCAGAUGUCUUACGCCGUUGUCAUAGCCGGAACGGCUUCUGUGGUCGCCACGAUGGCCCUUCUUCUCUCUGUUGGCAGCAUCAUCUCAGAUCUGACUGAGCUUCAGAACGAGAUCCACGAUGGUCUUAAUGACUUCAAGGUAAUUUCUUUUGAAAAUCAUCGGAUUGUAAAAAAAAUGGUGGAAUCUUGCAGGUGCAAUCCGAAGUGACUUGGUCGAAGAUUCUCCACCUCCACAGCUACCCAACUGGAGAAGUCUCCGCGCCACCAACCUACAACACCUUGUUUGGACGCCACAAGCGUGACAACAGCCAAUGCCAGUGCGGACCAACUUCUCAUGGAUGUCCAGAUGGACCACCAGGGCCCCCAGGACCUGACGGAAACCCAGGUCACGAUGGAACACCAGGAGCGCCUGGCAAGCCUGGCCGCAGCGGAAUCUCUGUCCUCACCGGCGAUCAUUCUUCCGACGAAUGCAUCUCUUGCCCAGCUGGACCACCAGGACCGGCUGGACCUGACGGAGAAGCUGGACAAGCUGGAGCCGACGGAAACCCAGGACAACCAGGAGCGCCAGGAGCACCAGGAGCCCCAGGAGCUGACGGACCAGUUGGAGACAGCGGCAAGCCAGGCCACAUCGGAAACCGAGGAGCGCCAGGACCAGCUGGACAACCAGGAACUGUCUACGCUCGCGGAGUUCCAGGAAAGCCAGGACAUCCAGGAGAGAUCGGACCAGUUGGACCAGCCGGAAACCCAGGAGCUCCAGGAAACGACGGAGCCAACGGACAAAACGGAGAGCCUGGAACGCCUGGACAGGACGGAGCUCCAGGAGCCGACGGCAACCCAGGAGGCCCAGGAGUCGACGGAGGACCAGGACCAGAUGCCGCCUACUGCCCAUGCCCUGGCAGAACCGUCUUCGCCGACUAG